CUGAAAGGGAGUUCUUGCACAAAAAUGUCACAGACAACAACCGGCGAAUUCACUACUCCCACCACCACUACUCCUACUCUUGCUGCUGCUGCUACCGCAGCUAACUGGAAAGCCAUCGUUACCCAGAAACAAGAAGAAUGCAAACGCAAAAUCCCCCCAGCCUGGCUCCUUCCAGAAUCAAUCACCUCCGCGCUGAAAUUGCCGCUUGAUACUAACCCCAACAAGCUCCUGGAAUUGGAUAUCCCGCGCCGCUCGGGGAUCCUGACGGAGCACGAGUUGAGCAUCACCGAAGACUUCACGGUGGGGGAGUUGUUGGGGAAGUUGGCGGCGGGCCAGUUGAGUUCGGUGGAGGUGACGGUUGCGUUUUCGAAGAGGGCUGCUAUUGCACAGCAACUGACGAGAUGCUUGACAGAGACAUUCUUCGAAGAAGCGCAGAAACGCGCGGCGGAGUUGGACGAACGUCGUGCACGAGGGGAACCGCUGGGUCCUUUGCAUGGACUACCUAUCAGCUUGAAAGAUACCUUUCAUAUCAAGGGACAAGAGACCAAUAUUGGCUAUGUGGCUCUCGUGGGAUCUGUUCAGACUUCCAACUCGGCGCUCGUUGACAUCCUCCUCGAAUUAGGCGCUGUGCUGUAUGUCAAGACGAAUAUUCCCCAGACGUUGAUGACGGCCGACUCAGACAACCACGUAUAUGGACGAGUUCUCAACCCUCACAAUACGGCGAUCAACGCUGGCGGAUCGAGCGGCGGCGAAGGAGCGCUCAUCAGCUUCCGCGGAUCACUACUUGGAGUAGGGACAGAUGCUGCCGGAUCGGUCAGGAUCCCAGCCCUAUGCUGCGGAAUAUACGGCUUCAAACCCAGCACCGCCCGAAUUCCAUACGGCGGACAAGCCCGCAGCGAGCUACCACGCCUAGGACAGAUCCUCGCCGUAGACGGACCGCUAGCAAAAGACUUCGACUCCCUGGAAUUCUUCUUCAAAACCGUCCUAGACGCCGAGCCGACUCGCUUCGACAGCACCGCCCUCCAUGCCCCUUUUAGAAGCAACGCCCAGUUGCUCGCCAGCAAGGACGGCAAGCUCACCGUCGGCAUCCUCGCAGAAGACCCCGUCUACCCGCUACAACCGCCCGUGAAACGAAUCAUUAACGAGGCGGUUAUCAAGCUGCUCGCAGCAGGUCACCGGAUCGUCCAGCUAGACGCGGCUGAGUGCCAGAUAGACGGUGCCAAUGAGAUUGCCAUGGAAAUGUUCCGUCUCGAUGCAAGCGUAUUACCCAACAUGAUCGCUCAAGGCGGGGAGCCCCCUGUGCCCUCCGUAGCGGCGCUUUACGGCUCCCCACAACCAGACCGGUUCAGACAUAUCGCCGGUAUUGAGAAGUUACAGGGCUUGCAUAGACAGGCGUUCUUGAAUCUGAAGAGGCAUCAAGUCAAGGAGGCCUGGCGGAAGAUCUGGAUCAAUAAUAAGCUGGAUGUUGUGCUUGGUCCGGGGGCACAGAAUACCGCUGUGCGACAUGAUACGUAUGGCUGGGCACCGUAUACUUGUCUUUUGAACGUUCUGGAAUAUCCUGCUGUCGUCAUUCCAUUUUCUAGUGCCUCCAAAUCGAAGGAACCAGAGCAUUUCACCAUGCCAGAGCGUACCACAGGGCCAGACUAUGUGCCGGACCUCGUUGAUGGAGCGCCCGGUUCGGUGCAAUUGUUCGCUCCCGCUAUGCGAGACGAGGAAUGUCUUCUGGCGGCGCGCAUUGUGGAUGAAUGUCUUCGGGAACGGUGAGGGCAGUUUUCAAGUAAUCUUGGAUGGUUAUUUUCGAGCUGUUUUUGGAGAUGAAAUUUGUAGGGAAAUGAGAUGGGUGGAUGGAAGUUUAACAGCAGAACUAUAUCUUGCUUUGAAUGAUGUUUCGUGGGCACGGAUAUAGACUCCAACCAGUCCUACAUCUGGAAAUAGAAAAAU